GUCAGUAACGGCAAAUCUGACAUACUAACUUAUGACAAUCAUCAUAAGAAAAUAGGUAGACCAAUAAAAUUGUUAAUUAAUUGUGCAUCGUUGGCUUUCUUCGGGAAUUAUGGAUUCGAGACAAUAAUAAAAGUGUUUGAUAAAAGAAGUUUAUUGUCAACAUUAGUAGCGGGGAAAUGGAGGAUUCAAUAAUGAAACACGGAUACUUGGAAGAUGCCAAUGCCGAAUCGGCUACAACUUCAACAUACAAAAGUGGCAAAUAUGAAAAGAAAGAACGGACUCUUGAUGACUUGGUACAAUACGUGACCUUGCACGUCCGAAAUCCAAUAGUUCUAAGUGGAAUAGUAAUGCCAUUUGUUCUAUUGUAUUUAGCUGCUUUCUAUGCAUGGAUUUUUAUAUAUGGGAUUGAUGUUCAUUACGAGGCCGGCCUUAUCACGGUAGCUGUAAUAGCUUUUGCUCAGAUACUUUCUUUACUUUGUUGCUACUGGAGUGUGCAUUUGCUUGCGUUUCUUAACUGCCGUAAAGUUAAAACGCCGGGAGUAGGCGUUUUGGCCAAAGUCGUGCCAACACCAAACAAUGGCUCCUCUCAGUUAGUGCACGUGCAUUGCAGCAAAUUACCCAACGGCGAACAGCAAUACUACUUUGUUUUCCAAAAAACAAAAUAUGUUUGGGAUGAUGAAAAGCGUCUUUUUCGAGGAAUUGCGUUUCCCGUUCACGAGUUCUUAAGUCAUUAUACUCGUAGUCGAGGUCACGAAACGGAAACUGCACUAAAAAUGGCAGAGCAAAUAUAUGGGAUGAAUGAGAUGAAAAUGGUCGUACCGGAAUUUCAUGAGCUUUUUAUCGAGCGUGCCACGGCGCCCUUUUUUGUGUUUCAAAUAUUUUCGGUGGCGUUGUGGUGUCUGGAUGAAUAUUGGUACUAUUCGCUAUUUACGCUGGUUAUGAUGAUUAUUUUUGAAUGCACUCUUGUUGGACAGCAACUUCACAAUAUGGCCGAAAUUAGAAAAAUGGGAAACAAACCAUAUUCGAUCAAUGUACUUAGGCAAAAUAAGUGGCGGCAAAUACUCUCCGAUCAGCUAGUACCUGGAGAUAUAGUGUCAAUAACAAGAUCGCAAAGCGACAAUUUGGUGCCCUGUGAUAUAAUAUUAUUGCGUGGCAGUUGCAUCGUUGACGAGAGUAUGUUGACAGGUGAGUCGGUGCCACAAAUGAAAGAAUCAUUGGAAACAUUUGAAAAUCUUGAUGUGGAACUGGAUAUGGAAGGUGAGAGUAAACUGUCCGUUCUUUUCGGUGGUACUAAAGUGGUACAACACACUGCUCCCACAAAAGAUGCAAUGCGAGCUCCAGAUGGAGGUUGUAUAGGUUAUGUACUGCGCAAUGGUUUCAAUACAUCUCAGGGAAAAUUGUUGCGAACAAUUCUUUUCGGUGUUAACCGCGUCACUGAAAAUAAUUUGGAAACAUUUGCGUUUAUCCUUUUUCUAAUGGUGUUUGCUGUGGCCGCUGCCGCUUAUGUUUGGAUUAAGGGUACAGAGGAUUCAGAACGUAGCCGCUAUAAACUUUUCUUGGAAUGUACGCUCAUAUUGACGUCCAUUAUACCUCCUGACCUCCCUAUUGAAUUGACAUUGGCAGUCAACACUUCACUUAUGCAAUUAUCAAAAUUGUAUGUUUUCUGUACCGAGCCAUUCCGUAUACCAUUUGCUGGAAAAGUUGAAAUCUGCUGCUUCGACAAGACUGGAACGCUUACCUCAGACAAUUUGAUGGUUGAAGGUGUAGCUGGUUUGGCCGACGACAAUGCUAUAGUGCCAAUGGAUAAAGCAGAAGACAAGACAAUUCAAGUGCUCGCCUCCUGUCAUUCCUUGGUGAUGCUUGACGACGGGAUGGUAGGUGAUCCCCUUGAAAAGGCUAUACUCACCUCGGUCGAUUGGGGUCUUACAAAGCAAGACAGCGUUAUUCCAAAACGUGGCAAAUUAAGGCCUUUGCGAAUUUUUCACCGCUAUAAUUUCUCAUCGGCUCUAAAAAGGAUGUCGGUGUUGGCAGGCUAUUUAGUGCCAUUCAGUAAUGAUGUUUUUUAUAUUGGUACAGUGAAAGGCGCUCCCGAAGUUAUUCAGAAAAUGCUAAAAGAAGUGCCUAAAAACUAUGAAAAGACAUUUCUUGAAUACUCGCGUCGCGGCGCUCGCGUUUUGGCUUUAGGUAUAAAGGAAUUCGGUCAAAUGGAUGCCCAGCGAGUGCGCGAGUUAAAGCGGGAGGACGUUGAAUGCAACUUGACAUUUGCUGGUUUUGUCAUAAUAUCGUGUCCCAUAAAGCCAGACUCCAAAAGCGUAAUCAAAGAGCUAAUACACGCGUCGCACAAAGUUGUUAUGAUAACUGGUGAUAAUCCACUAACAGCCUGUCAUGUAGCCAAAGAGGUGCGCUUUACACGUAAAAAACUGCUUAUCUUCACACCCAGCAAGGUUGAAACCGACAAAAGUAUGGAAUGGAAAUGGAUUUCGGUUAAUACAGAUACUUUCUAUCCCCUUAAGCAUGAUUUGAAGGAUAUGCUAAGUGACUAUGAUUUGUGUAUAACUGGCGAGGGCUUGCAAUACCUCAGGGAGCACGAAAAUUCGUAUUUGUUAAGAAUAUUGCCACAUAUUACAGUGUGCGCACGAUUUGCACCGAAACAGAAAGAGUUCGUUAUCACUUCUUUGAAGCAUCUCGGAUAUUACACUCUGAUGUGCGGUGACGGAACCAACGACGUAGGCGCUCUGAAACAUGCACAUGUAGGUGUGUCUCUUCUAAGUAAUGCACCAACAAAAGCGAAAAAGAAACGAGAUGUGACCAAUGGCACCACGGAGGCAGGCGCCUUUUCGUCUGGUGGUAACUCCGUCAAUACUCGCGGUUUAGGGGGCAAUAGAAACAUUGGCGGUGCUGCCGCUAAUGCGGCGGAGCGACAGAACCUUUCACCGCGUGAACGAGCAAUUUUACGCCAUCGGGAAAAUCUAAAUGCUACACAGGCACGACUGCAAUCGGACCUGAAGGAAAUCUAUGAGGAGACGUCUGUGGUUAAACUAGGGGAUGCUAGUAUAGCUGCGCCGUUUACUAGUAAAACAUCAUCGAUAAUGUGCGUGAAUCACAUUAUCAAACAGGGCCGCUGCACUUUAGUAACAACACUACAAAUGUUCAAAAUUUUAGCCCUUAACGCACUCAUAUCAGCCUACUGCCAAUCUGUUUUGUACAUUGACGGUGUCAAAUUCAGUGAUAUGCAAGCAACCCUGCAAGGGCUUUUCAUUGCUGCUUGCUUCCUCUGUAUAACACGUUCGAAGCCGCUAAAAACACUAUCGAAAACUGCACCAUUGCCGAAUAUAUUUAACGUGUACAGUAUAUCAACCAUACUUUCUCAGUUUGCCGUUCAUUUUGGCGCACUUUACUACUUAACACAAGAGGCAACCGUACAUGCACCGGUGAGGGAAGGAAAGAUAAAGCUCUACAUAGAUAUGGAUCCAGAAGAAAAACAAACAUUCGAACCAAACAUUAUAAACAGCACUGUUUAUAUAAUUUGCCUUGCAUUACAAGUAUCCACAUUUGCAGUCAAUCACAAGGGGCAUCCUUUUAUGGAGAGUUUACGUGAAAACCGCCCCCUACUGACAUCCAUAUUGGUGUCAACUGGACUAGUGUUAUUCCUAUCCUUGGACCUAUCAUCCGAUCUGACUGAAACCUUUGAAAUCGUAUCAUUUCCAGAAGAUUUUCGCAAAAAGCUUGUGCUUGUUUUGUUGGCAGAUACAAUAGCUGCUUUCGCGUUGGACAGAUUUUGCUCAUUUCUCUUUGGCGAAAUAAGGCGAAAAUCGAAUCUUAUCAUCUGCUAAAUGAGUUCCCAGCUCUUUUAUGUUCAACCAAGACUUAAACAAAAUCGUGCUGCAAAAUUACGUUUAAUAUUUUGUGUGCUAUUUGAGUUUGUAUGUAUUAUAAAAAAUAAAUUAAACACACUGUGAGUACAAGCUGAGGAAAAGAGUACAGUGCAUCAAGAUCUCUUUGCAGCACUGA